AUGAUCCCAAUAUUGGCACGAGUACUCUUAUUUGGAGGCAUCAAAUCCCUUCCAGCCUACAAAAUUCAAGAAACACUGAUGGAAGUCCUUGAGAAGAAUUUCGUCGUCAGGGAAUGGUUUGAAAAGCACUGGGGCUUGAAGAUGAUUGAAAAAAAGCUGGAUCGUACGGGACUUAUCCGCUGGUUCAAGGAAUGCCAUCCUUUAUUUCUCCAAAGCAUAAUCCGAAACUUGAUUUUUGAAAAUGAGCUCAUCGACGAGCUCUUAAAGAGGAAGUUUUUGAUUGAACAAAAGAAUGGGACUUUUGCACCUCGCAAAUUCAAGCCGAGUGUCACCAAGGGCCAUCCAUCUGGAUAA